AUGACGGACUGGUGGCGGAAGGAGCAAGCCACAUUCCAGAAUUUUGGCUUUGCUAGCAUAGCCUUAGGAGCUGCUUCUGAAAGACCCAGAACAUUGAUCAACAUCAAGAACCUGGCACUGAGGGAUGACAAUCUGAAACCAACUGGGGUGCGAGUUGGAAUAAUAGAGUGCCGGCAGCUGCAAGAAAACAACAUCAAGCCAGUGGUCAAAGUCUCUAUUGGGGAUUACGUGUUCAGGACGAGAAUUAAAUUUGGGAUCAGCCCCUACUACAAUGAGGUUGGUAUUCUGACAUUCGUUCAGACUUUUGAUGAGAGACCUAUGCAACUAUUUGAGCAGUUCAUUGACAUCCAGGUGCUGAACUCCAAGGCAAUACGGGCCGAUUCCCUCAUUGGGGUCUUCAGGAUUGAGAUCGGGCUUGUGUAUGAAUCUCCAGGUCAUGCUCUGAUGGGCAAAUGGCUGAGCCUCUAUGACCCAGCUAAUCUCAAUGCCGGACUAAGGGGCUAUGUGAAAGUUAACCUCUGUGUCCUUGGAGCUGGAGAUCAGGCGCCGAGGGCCACCAGCAUAUGGGUCACAGGUUUAUGUUGCGCCUUUCUCUUCUCCAAGGAUGCAGCCCAUUUGCCAGACAGUGGCGAUUUGGAAGCCAACCUCCUGCAGGCAGCAGUAAUGCCAGCAGUACGCAGAGCCAUGCUCCAGCUCUUUGUAUACCGAGCAGAAGAUUUGUCUCCAAUGCAGAGCAACAUGGAUGUUGAUCCCACUGGCGGUUCAGUUGACCCUUCUCUGGAAGUUGAUUUUGCAGGGAAACUGCUAAAGACCAGAGUUGUGCUCAGAGACGCCAACCCUGUGUGGAACCAGCUGAUGUUCUUUCCUAUGCAGAUGCCUUCCAUGUGUGAUCUAAUCAAAUUCAGUGCUCUUGAUGGGGAACAAAAUGAAGAUAGCAGUGUUCUGGGGACGGCAUUUCUCAGCCUUUCCCAGAUCUCUUCAGCUGGGAAUGACAUGGGAAAGAAUUUCCCAGGCUUCCUGCCGUGCUUCGGGCCAAGCUUUGUGACCCUCUACAGGACGCCACCAGAGCUCAUGAAUGAAGAGGACAAUUUAGAGAAUGUUGGGAGUAAGGAAGGGAUAAUUUACCGGGGAAGAGUCCUAGUGGAGCUGAUUACCUACAUGGAUCCGGACCCCGUUCAAAGAAUAGAAGCUGUUCCUGAACAAUAUAUUACAAGAAUGGAGCGCUAUUUGCCUCAAAUCCGGUAUGGGUUAUGUGUCAUCUUUUAUUCAGCUACUAUGUUGGCUGAUAUCAAGGAACAGAUCCAGUUUGAGGUCAGCAUUGGGAACUACGGCAACAAAUUUGAUGGGACUUGCAAACCUUCUGCCUCAACCACUCAGUACAGCCAUGCUGUGUAUGAUGGUAACCACUACUACUACUUGCCAUGGUAUGACACAAAGCCCAUGGUUGCCAUCACCUCAUUCUGGGAGAACAUUAGCUACCGAAUCGCCAGUAUGAACGCCAUGCUAUUCAUUCACAACAGGCUGAAGAAGAACCUGGACAUUCUUAAAGCCAUCAGCUCUCCCAAAGACCCAGUUGUGGGUGCUGUUUGGAAAAUGCUCCAGAAAGAACUGGUGGAAGACUGCAAGAGACCUCUUCCUGGCUGGGAAGCCCCAACAGUCCCUACCAUGCUGGAUCUGCAGCUGAGGAAGCUGCGCAGCCAACUCCUCCUGAAAACCAGCAAGGCAGCAGAGAAGACAAGUUGGAAGACACCCCUGCAGAAACUGAUUGCCAAAGCAGAGAUCUGGCUGAACAGGAUCGCUUCAGUCGCUUCCGAGGCCCAGAUCAGCAUGCCGGAUGUCAUGAUCUGGAUGCUGUGUGAUGACAAGCGGGUGGCUCACACCCGGGUCAGGUCUCAUACAAUCAUGUUCUCCAAAGCUGGUCCCCAUGCCAGGGGCAGGAUGUGUGGCAAAACCCAGACCAUCUUCCUGCAGAGUGCACAAAACAAAGGGAAGGAGGCUCCCAUUCCUGUUGUGCUGCGGGUGCGAAUGUGGCUUGGAGAGCUGGCUGAUAGUGCAGAGUUCUUGAAAUGUUGUGAAGGGAGAAUCCUUAUCUACGCUGAGACGUAUGAAAAUCAAAAGAAGACCCACGGAAUAUGGGGGACCAGGGACCUGAUGCAGCACCCCGCCUUUUCAGAUGUCACUGGGAAGGUCAGCCUUCCCAAAGAAAAGUUCCAACCGCCUGUGGGAUGGCAGUGGGAUGGCGAGUGGGUCGUGGAGCCCCAGAGAAGGCUCUUGCUGGACAAAGAGACAAACCACACCGAAGUGCUAGAGGAAGUGUAUGAGAACCAGAUCCGGCAACCUGGGCGUCGAUGGAGACCGGCCCCAGUCCCCUAUAGCAAUGCUAGUGGUUCCCCUGCCCCUCCAAAGGAAGAGAUUUUGUGCCCCCAAGGCUGGCUCUUUGUGGAAGACUGGAAAGUGGAGGAGAAUCGUGCUGUGGACGAUGCUGGUUGGGAGUAUGGCGUUGCUCUCCCGCCCGCUGAGUUCCCCCGUUCUUGGAAUGCAGCCGAGAAGACCUACCACACCCACCGCCGGCGGCGCUGGCUCAGGAAACGCUGCCGGAACCUGGCCAGCGAGAACCAAGAAGGAAAAAUGGCCGCCUUCCUUCGGCUGCACUCAGAGUUAAGGCUGAAAGAAGAGACUUGGGAAUAUGCUCCACUCCAUGGCUGGAGGUUCCACCUGCAGCGGCAUCCCAGCGACAUCUUUCGCCGGCGAUGCUGGCACAGGAAGCUCAUCCCGAUGUCGCCCAGCGGUGUGACCUCCAUUUUUCUCUUGGAGGGUUCACUGUUGCGCUGCUACAUCUACCAAGCAAGAGACCUAGUUGGAACUAGUGCUAAGAGUUCUGCAGAUCCUUUGGCCCACAUUUCCUUCCUUCACAUGAGCCAACAUACCCAGACCAUCUCUGGCACGCUGCACCCCUGCUGGGACCAGACCCUUAUCUUUGAAAACAUCUUGAUCUAUGGAGACCCUCGAGCAACUGAGCAAGAUCCACCUGUGGUGGCCUUGGAGGUCUUUGACUUUGACGCAAGCGGCCACUCCCAUUAUUUCAUGGGAAGGAGCUUGUGCAUCCCAAGUGUGCACCUGGAUCUCAGCUCACGAAGACUACCCCGCCUCCAGAAGUAUACAAUCAUCAAAGAACAGGAGGAUUCCGGACAGCUCCUGGCUGCUUUUGAGCUUCUGCUGGACAAGAAGGAACACAAGAAGCAUGAAAAGGGUGGGGGAGAGGUUGACUUCAUUGCAGACAUUGUCUCCAAUUGCUUGAGAAAACUCCUGAAGAGGAGGGAACUUAGAUGGCUAAAAUGUCAUUCAUCACUGGCUAAAAAAAGAAAAGUAGAUCUCUGUUCAGCAGAGCUCUUCAUCUUCUCUCCCCAGGAUGGAUCCUUAGGAAAGCUUCCACCGCCUGCAUGGAAGGAUGGGACAUACAUAAUCCCUAAAGGAAUCCGGCCCAUCUUAAGGCUGAUGGCCAUUGAGAUCCUGGCUUGGGGCCUGCGGGACAUGAAGACCUACAAUCUGCUGGCCGUCAGCAACCCGAGUCUCAUCAUAGAGUGUGGAGGAGAAACACUUCAGACGCCAGUCAUCAGGAAUCUCCAAGAGCACUCCAAUUUUCCAAUCAAUAUCUAUCUCAUGAAAGUGUACCUGCCUGUGGAUGAAGAUUAUGCACUUCCCAUCGAACUGAAGGUGAUAGACCACAGAGAGUUUGGAUUUAAGCCUGUGGUGGGCCAAGCGACUGUGAGAUCCAUGAGCCAGUACUACUGUGACCCCUGGGAAGAAAGGAAGGCCCAUAAUCUCCCUGUCAGAGCCAUUGCCAAGACAAAGAGAAAGAAGGAGCUGGGCAAAGCCUACAAGGCCUGGUUCUGGAAAAGGCCCUUUAGGAAAGAAGAGAAGGAGAUGGAAGAAGAGGAAGAGGAGGUCGACUGGUGGAGCAAGUACUACGUGACUAUGGGAGAUCUGUCAAAGAGUGGACAUUACCUGGAGAAGGGCUUUGAUAGUUUGAAGAUGUAUAGCUGUGAACUGGAAGAAGUGCCUGAAUUCCAUGGCCUACAGGAUUUCUGCCAGACCUUUCAGCUGCACCGAGGGCUGGUGAAAGAUGACGACCCCAGAGUGGGGGGUCAGUUCAAGGGACUUUUCCGGAUCUAUCCUUUACCAGAAGAUCCCAAUGUCCCACCCCCUCCACGCCAAUUCCAGGAACUUCCUGACAACGUCUGCGAGUCAUGUCUGGUCCGGAUUUACAUCAUCCGAGCCUUUAACCUAGAGCCAAAGGACAGCAAUGGUCUGUGUGACCCCUAUGUCAAAAUCAAGGUAGGGAAGAAAAAGGUUGGAGAGAGGGAGGAGUAUAUUCCCAACACUCUGGAGCCCGUCUUUGGGAGGAUGUUUGAGAUUAUGUGCAACAUCCCAACAGAAAAGGAAUUGAAGAUCUCAUUCUAUGACUUUGACAUGUUUUCCCCUGAUGAUGUAAUUGGAGACACCACCAUUGACCUGGAGGACCGGAUCCUGUCCCGCUAUGGAGCCAACUGUGGCCUUCCACAGUCCUACUGCGUAUGUGGCCCCACCCAGUGGCGAGACCAGCUUCUUCCAAGCCAGCUCUUGGAGAAUUAUGCUCGGACCAAGAACAUACCUCAGCCGGAUAUAAGUGAAGAUGGCAGCAGAGCCACUUUCCGAAGCAAGAUUUAUGAGCUGUCUGACUUUGAGACUAAACUACCUUCACAUGGCUUCCUGGGGCCUCCAAAAGAGCGCAUGGCUCUCCAUCUCCUCCACACCUGUGGGCUGGUGCCUGAACACGUGGAGACUCGUGGCAUCUACAGCGCUACCAAUCCUGGGAUCCAGCAGGGGAAAGUGCAGAUGUGGGUCGACAUCUUCCCAGAAAACAUAGGUGAGCCAGGACCUCCUUUUGACAUCACCCCAAGGAAGCCCAAGAAGCACGAACUUCGCUGCAUCAUCUGGAACACCAAAGAUGUGGAUCUGGAAGACACCAACAUUUUUGGAGACAGGAUGAGUGACAUCUAUGUGAAAGGGUGGAUGGAUGGCCUGGAGGAGGACAAGCAGAAGACAGAUAUCCAUUAUAGGUCCCUGACAGGAGAAGGCAACUUCAACUGGCGCUUUGUGUUUACCUUGGAGUACCUGCCCAUGGAGCAGGUCUGCGUUCUCACCAAGAAGCAACAUUUCUGGAGCCUUGACGAGACCAUGCAGAAAGUGCCCCCCAAGCUCAUCAUCCAGAUCUGGGACAAUGACAAGUUCUCAGCUGACGACUUUAUAGGAAUCCUGGAGCUGAACCUGAACUGCAUGCCUCAACCCGCCAAGCGUCCCCGCGACUGCACUGUGAAGAUGCUGCUGGAGGACACCGGUGCCACCACCUCCACCUCUUUUUUCCAUCGCCGCAAACGGAAACCUGUCUCCCUGUUCAAGCAGAGGGAAAUGAGGGGAUGGUGGCCCUGCAUCGUCUUUGAGAAAGACAAGCCUCGCGUGUCGGGCAAGGUGGAAAUGUCCUUGGAGCUGCUGACAGAAAAGGAGGCUGAAGAGCGGCCAGCUGGGAAAGGAAGAGAGGAGCCCAACAUGAACCCAGUUCUGAAGCCACCAGAGAGGCCGGAGACCUCUUUCCUGUGGUUUACAGCCCCGCUGAAGAGCAUCCACUUCGUUGUGUGGCAGAAGAGCAAAUGGAAGCUCUUGAUUUUCCUUUGCUGUGUGCUGGUGAUUCUGCUGUUCGCAGCCUUCAUCUACGCAGCUCCUGGCUACCUGGCAAUGAAGAUAAUCAAUCCGAUGGGAGGGAGACGCUCCAUAAUAUACCAAAUGCCUCCAAAUAAGAAGGAAACUCUUGAGAGGCCACCUGAAGAAGCUCCUGAAACACUGCCUCCAGUUGCUGAGAGACCACUCCCAGCUCCCAAUAAGUUGCCACCCACUCCCCAAAAUCUACUCACAACUCCUGAGGAAACACCCACUACUCUCAAACCUCCCACUACCAAGAAACCACCUAAAGCUCCCAAGAAACCACCCAAAACUCCCAAGGAAUCACCUCCAGUUCCCAAAAAACCAACUCCAGCUCCCAAGAAACCACCCAAAACUCCCAAGAAACCACCUCCAGUUCCCAAAAAAUCAACUCCAGCUCCCAAGAAACCACCCAAAGCUCCCAAGAAACCACCCAAAACUCCCAAGAAACCACCUCCGGUUCCCAAAAAAUCAACUCCAGCUCCCAAGAAACCACCCAAAGCUCCCAAGAAAUCACCCAAGGCUCCCAAGGAAUCACCUCUAGUUCCCAAAAAAUCAACUCCAACUCCCAAGAAACCACCCAAAGCUCCCAAGAAAUCACCCAAGGCUCCCAAGAAACUACCCAAAGCUCCCAAAAAAUCACCUCCAGUUCCCAAAAAAUCACCUCCAGUUCCCAAGAAACCACCCAAAGCUCCCAAGAAACCACCCAAAACUCCCAAGGAAUCACCUCUAGUUCCCAAAAAAUCAACUCCAGCUCCCAAGAAACCACCCAAAGCUCCCAAGAAAUCACCCAAGGCUCCCAAGAAACUACCCAAAGCUCCCAAGAAACCACCCAAAGCUCCCCAAAAAUCACCUGCAGUUCCCACGAAACCACCCAAAGCUCCCAAGAAGCAACCAUCCACUCCCAAGAAGCCACCACUGAUUCGCAAAAAAAGACGCACCUGGUAGUUAGCUGCAGUGGAAGCAAAUUAUGUCUCCAAAUGCUGUUGCUUAUAAUGUCUUGCACCAGAGGACCACUCUGUUCAUGCUCCAUCUUGCCUCCAGGUAUCUGGCAAAAAUGGAGCAUAGCUGCUUCUAAAUCGUAAGCCUACAUCAGACAAUCCUCACCUAAUCUUUGCCUUCCUACAAUUAUGAAGGCCUUCUGAUCCCAACCACAAAUUUACAGCAGCAUCACUGAAUAAAACUAGCUUGGGGUGGGGAAGCAGGGGGUAAAGUACCACUGUAGAAACAGACUAUCCAAACAGACUUAUGUUCAAUUCCCGCCCAUCCAUCACCAUAUAUUUUAGCACAUUUCACUCUCACAGACUAUAAUAUUCCCAUUAAAAAAAUAAAAGUUAAGCCCUAAGUCUCGCUGCUUCUAGAAGUGGGAUUGUUGGUAUUUGCUGAGCAAUCCUGUGGGGUGUGGAACUGGCUUGGGCGGGGCUGCACUCCCCCUAAAGGGUCAGGCAAGCAGCUUGCGGUGGGGGGGGGUCAUUGGCUUGGCACACUUUGGGGUGGAGCAACAUCUUCAGCCAUGUCUUGCUAACAUUUGUGGCCUUACUAAAGAGAAGGCAUGCCUUGCCUCAGUGAUACAGGAUGGGGUUAGAUUACUGCAAUGAGCUUCACAUGGAGUAACCCUUGAAGACAGUUCAGAAACUUUAUUUGGUGGCAUAUGUGGGAGCUAAAAUGCUUGGAUCACACGGGACCUGUUUGCACCAGUUAUGUUGCUUACCUAUUUGCUUCUGACCCCAGUUUAAGGUGUUGCCACUGACCUUUAAACCUUAGUUUGGGACCAGGUUAUCUGAAGGGUCCUCUGCACUCAUAAAAACCUGCCUGAGACAUCCUCCUGCCUGAGGUGAAAGUCCAUACAUGCCUCAUUCCAGUAGCUGACUUUUCCUUCAAUAUUGGUGUC